AACGCCUGGAAGUGAUACACCAAGAAGCAGAUAGGUCGUGCUAUGGCCCACCCAUCGCAACCAAAGAUAGCCAGGUAGACAGUCGCUCUCCUGGAAGUCAGUGGGGUUUUUGCUCCGUGGUAGACGGCCCGAGGAGGAUGCAGCUCCGCUGAUUUCUAAGACUCCGUGAAUUCCAAGCCAGUGCAACUUCCAUCAUGUCCGGCUUUUCCAGAUCAUCAUUGCGUCUUUCACGGCUGGGAUUCCAUCCUCGUCCCCAUGGAUUUCGGCAGAAUGUUUCAGAGGGAAUCGCAGUUACUCCGUCGUCGGAUGGACAACUUCGGCGCGGGCGCACUUCAUCUUUUAAACCAAGGCGGCAGUUGUUUCUAUUGUCACGAUUAGGAGUCGUCUACACUCUGGCCCUUUUGUACGCGGUAAUUGUGGUGGCUACAUGCAAGACUCAAGUAGAAGAUACGAGCAUUGAGGUCUCAUCUCAUCCCACUGCAACAGAUUCACAAGACUCAUCUCAUAACUUCAAGGAGACAGCAAUCGGCACCACUACACCGCUGAAUGCAAUUUCUAACAGCACCGUCAACACACCAGAUUCAACGAUAUCGAGUCAAAAUCAAACCCAGUCCAGUAGGUCUGAGCAAAAAUCUACUAACUCCCAUGUACAGUCAACUGAAAUUGUACCAUCUAAGACACCUUUGUUUGGUGAUUUGACAACUGUGGAAACCUCUCCUUCGCUUACACGUGAGAAAGUUGUCACAACAUCUCAUCUGUAUGGCAGAUUCCAUCCAUCCACGCCUGAUUCUAAGACGACCACACCCAUUCCAAACACACACGAAGAAUCAAAGUUGACAUAUGAGGAGCCUUCUACACCACCUAUGUCGCUGAUCGAGAAGCUUACCAUGAAGACGAUCCCUGAAUCAGAAACCGAUUCUUACCUACGAGAUCCAACGAGUACCGUCCCAGCUGAAUCUAAGGUGACCGAUGAAGCACAAACCACAAUACCAACCUCCAUAACUCAAAAACCUAAAAUAGCCACAGAUUCCGACCACAAACGUCAUGAAUCAAAGCAACAUUCUGACCCACCAAAGACCCAACACAUCACAGAUAAACACAAGACGAAGAUGACUGCUGAUGAAUCUCCAACCUCUCCAGGCACUCCGCCCGAUAAAUCUUUCACAUCUCCAAGUAGCAAGACUGAAGACAUAUUUUUCGAAGAAACCGCAAGUGAGCAAUUCAUCUCCACCCGGGAGUCUGACACCGUCACAACAAACACAGUUUUCAGGGAAACUAUGAUGUCGUCUGCCUCCAACUCUGAAGCAAUUGAUCUCGUGACAUCAGAUGAGCCAUUAAUUUAUAGGUCAACUGCAGUUCACCGAGAAGAGGUUUCCACCUCUGAGAAUUCACCCAGACCUACUUUUGAGGGGACUGAUACAAAUGUGCAUUUGCAGACUAGGUUUGUUAGUCACGUUGCUCCAACUAAGACCCAAGUGGAUUUGUCUUCAAAAAAAGCAACAAUGGAGGUUUUGAAUAGAACGCAAUCUGAACACGUCCAGACUUCACCUCCUUCACGCCAACCUGACCCUGACGUCACAAAACCUUCAACACAGACUCAGAUACAUCACGAUACAACGGAGUCCAAUAGAAAACCUUAUACAUCAGGAAAAACUCCACCAAAGUCCACUGAAAUAACGCAUUCAACAUCAACUGCAGUUAACACUCAAACGUCAACCGAAUCUUGGGAACAAUCCACAAACUUUAAACAUGUGUCAUCUUCAAGUCCAACUUUGGUGUCGACAGAUGAGUCGCCAUCUACACUCUUUCCCUCUUCCCCUGUGACCGAGUCUCCAAAAAUUAAAGUUUCAUCACAUUUUACACACUAUUCUAAAUCAGCAACCAAAUCAUCCACCAACAUGGCGACCCCAUCACCUGUAAAUGCAGACAGCAUUUCUACACCAAAACUCACGACCUCUACAUCAACAAUUUGGGGUACGCAUCCAACAAAAAUCCUAGCCAGUAAGGGGAGAGAUAAUGUGACAGAGCCGGCAAUGACUGGGUUGAUGUCUGAAUUGCCAACAGGUUCCACUCGUUCAACUACAAUGAUAUCAGCGAAAUCAACUUCAGGUAGAUCAGGAGACAAUCAGACAACAUCAGGGCAUGCGAUAUCUUCAAGUUCCCGUGCAACUUCAGAAGACGUCCAGACCAUGCAAACUACGGAGAUGAAAAACACGGAGAUCGCUCCUACAACUAAAUUUCCCUUAAAGAACAAAUCAUCAACAUCAAAAUCUGUGAUCUCUGAUUCACCCACAACAGAUUUUCGCGCCAAAACAUCUGCUAGAGUGUCACUUAUGACGUCCGAAGAAAAUGCAUUGUUUAAGACUCCAACUCCUGGCCCAUCCAGUCUGACAACCUCUCAAGUUUCGUCUGCAUCAUCCAGAAUCCACGCGUUUCUUUCAUCCGUUUCUAUCGACCCCGCUGUUGCCAAGACAACAUCCAUGGCGACGGCAUCCACAAAGGCUGUCAAGCUCACACCAAUAUUAACCACAACCGAAGCUGCGAUAAAAAGCUCUUCUGCCCCUAUUGUGACAACAAUUUCUCCCAUGCAGAAAACCACAACUUCCCUCAUGAUAGAAACCACGACUUCUCCCAUGAUUGAAACCAGGACUUCCCCCAUGAUGGAAACAACAACUUCUCCCAUACUGAAAACUACAACCUCUCCCAUGCUGGAAGCUACAACUUUUCCCGUGCUGGAAUUAAUAACUUCUCCCACGAUGGAAACCACAGCUUCUCCAAUGGUGGAAAUAACUUCUCCCGUGCUGGACAUAGAAACUCCUCACGUGGUGGAAAACACAACCGCCCCCAUGCCGGAAACAACAAAGUAUCUCAUGGUGAAAACAGAAACUUCUUCCACCCUGAAAACAACAACGAUUCCCAUGCUGGAAACAACAGCUUCUCCCACGCUUGAAACCACAACUUCUCCCAUGAUGGGAUCAACAACUUCUCCCCUGAUGGAAACCAGAACUUCCCUCAUGCUGGAAACCACAACUUCUUCCAUACUGGAAACAGCAACUUCUCCCUUGAUAGAAACCACAACUUCUCCAAAGAUGGGAUCAACAACAUCUCCCCUGAUGGAAACAACAACUUCCCCCAUGCUGGAAACCACAACUUCUUCCAUGCUGGAAACCACAACUUCUUCCAUACUAGAAACAGCAACUUCUCCCUUGAUAGAAACCACAACUUCUCCAAAGAUGGGAUCAACAACAUCUCCCCUGAUGGAAGCAACAACUUCCCCCAUGCUGGAAACCACAACUUCUUCAUUGCUGGAAACAGCAACUUCUCCCUUGGUGGAGACCACAACUUCUCCCAUGAUGGGAUCAAUAACUUCUCCCCUGAUGGAAACCACAAUUUCCCCCAUGUUGGAAACCACAACUUCUUCAUUGCUGGAAACCACAACUUCUUCAUUGCUGGAAACAGCAACUUCUCCCUUGAUGGACAAAACAACUUCUCCCAUGAUUGGAUCAAAAACUUCUCCUCUGAUGGAAACCACAACCACCUCCAUGCCGAAAACAACAACUUCUCCCAUGCUGGAACCAACGUCUUCUCCGACGCUGGAAACAUCAACUUCUCCCAAGCUGAAAACCACAACUUCCAUGCUGAAAACCAUCACUUCGCCUAUACUUGAAAUAUCAACUUCUCCCACAACGAAAACAAAAACUUCUUCCACGCUGGAAACGAUAUCUACCAUACUGAAAAUAACAUCAUCUUCCAUGCUUGAAACUACAACUUCUUCCCAGAAGGAAACAACUUCUCCCAUGCUGCAAACCACAACUUCUCCCAUGAUGGAAACAACAACUUCCCCCAUGAUGGAAACAACAAGUUCCCCCAUGAUGGAAACAACAACUUCCCCCAUGAUGGAAACAACAACUUCCCCCAUGAUGGAAACAACAACUUCUCCCAUGAUGGAAACAACAACUUCCCCCAUGAGGGAAACAACAACUUCCCCCAUGAUGGAAACAACAACUUCUCCCAUGAUGGAAACACCAACUUCCCCCAUGAUGGAAACAACAACUUCUCCCAUGAGGGAAACAACAACUUCCCCCAUGAUGGAAACAACAACUUCCCCCAUGAUGGAAACAACAACUUCCCCCAUGAUGGAAACAACAACUUCCCCCAUGAUGGAAACAAGUGCUACAAUGUACAACUCGACCGGUCACUCCACACCGUCAACGGCUUCAUCUGAAACAGGCGCUACAACCUCAUUCACGCUGUCACAAACAUCUCCAAUACCAUCGAAUUCUACAACCCCCAAAUCGACGAUAUUUUCUCCUUCAGUGUCUGCAACCCCCUCACUUUUAUCAACAACUUCCAUGUCCAAAUUGACUACUUCUCCAGUAGUGCAAUCAGCAUCUCCCUUGCCUGAAUCAACAACUUCUUCCUCGCCCGAAAUGACUACCUCUCCUCGGGUAGAAUCCAAAACUCCCUCUUUUGAAACAACUUCGGCCUUUCUAGAAUCGACCUCUUCUUCUUCAUCUUCACUGAAAUCCACAACAUCCUUGCCCGAAUCAACAAGUCAAGUGACUGAAUCGAUUCCUCCCUUGCCUGGAUUGACGACGUCUCCCACGCCCGAACAAACUACCCCUGUUUUGAUGAAAUCAACAACUUCCCUUCUCGAGUCAACUACCCCUGAGUCCGAAUCGACCACUCCUUCCUCAGAAUCCAAAACUCCCUCACUCGAAUCAACAACCUUGCCCGUACCCAAUGUGUCUACUUCCCCAGUAUUGGCCUCAACGUCUCCCUUUCCUGAGUCAACAACGUCUCACACAGCUGAACUAACCACUUCUCCUUCGUUGGAAUCUACAACUGUCUUGCCCGAAUUAUCAACUUCACCCAAGCGCGAUUUGAGUACAGUUUUCGUCUUGGAAUCAACUUCUCCAUCGAUUGGAACGACUUCCUCCUUGGAAUCUUCCAUUGUACCGAUGUCAAGUGUUUCUGAUGCAGAUGAUGAAACAACUACCAAGUCUUCAGAUGUAACCUCCAGCUCAACGGUUAAACCUUUCGCCAGCAUCAGCUUGACUCCUAUGACUUCACAUGCCGAGGCAACUGCAACUGCAACGACCGCAGAGAACACUUAUGAAACAGUCGAUGAAUGCCGACUGCAUCUGGACAAUUGUGACCAACUCACAGAGAUCUGCGCGGAUACAAAGGACUCGUAUCGAUGCGAUUGCAGACAAGGGUACUUCAAAGACAAGACAGACACCUGUAUAGAGGGUAUCUCAUUCUACGGAAGAUUUAAGAUAGAUGCAUUCAUUCGCGGAGAAAACAACGCGGUAUCUGCCUCUUACACUCCGGAAUUAGAAGAUCCAACCAGUGCAACUUUUAUGGAGCUUUCUGCGCAUGUACAGGAUGCAAUUGAAUUUGUAUUUCAGCAAGACUCCAGAACAGAGUCAUUGUACCGAGGCUGUGAGGUUAUUCGGUUCUGGUCUGGCAGCAUCGUCACUGAGUUCCAAAUCAUUAUGGACGGGGCAUCUUCACUAAACCAGUCUAACCUGCAAGUUAUUCUACUCAAUGCUGUAGAAAAUGGAACAUUGCUGAGAUAUGGUAGAUUGGUUGUGGCAGCGGAUUCUAUACGUGUGACUCCUCUUGACGAGUGCGCACAGGAUCUCCACGAUUGCUCCGAGCAUGCUACCUGUCACGAUCAGCCGACAAGUUUCACUUGUGUCUGCAGUGAGGGAUACAGGGACCCAUACCAAGGUGUCAUUCCAGGAAGAUACUGCGAACCAGUUGCCCAUCCUACAAAGAGAUCUCCGAUCAACAAGAUGUUCUUCAUCGUUGCCAUCGUCCUACUUGCAUCAGUCUUUCUCUUGGUCGUCUUAACCAUCUCAAUGACCAUCGUGUGCAAGAACUGGCGAUCGAGACACAAGAGCUUCACCUUAAAGAGCGUAGACGCCGUUCCAGGCGUCACGGCGCCGAGGAAGAUCUCUGACGCGUUCCUCGCCGGCGCCGACGUGGAGACUGGGAUGUGGUGUCCUGGGGACGAUCAAGAAAUGGACAACUGGUCGACUGGUAGCUCGUCUAGCACGGGACGGGCGUCACAGAAAGGAAAGGACAAAAUGAAGAAUGGUCGUAUGGCACCUAUAGCCAAUAUUUCCGAGCUUGAGUUUGAGAUGGGAUGCGAUGCCAGCUUCGAAGACGAGAAAGGGAUGAACGCUACAAAACCAACCAAUGCUGGCAAACCGACAUGCGAUAUCCACAAAGGCCAUGGCGACCAAAAUGCUAACAUAGUUUCGUCAGGAGAUGACAAUGCAAAGAAGGGGACGCCUAACACUGCAGUUACCACAGAAUCAGCCAAAGCAUCCUCAAAACAAGACCCCGUGACUAGCACGGCGCCCUCUACGGUGGGAGGAAGAAAGGCCAAGGUUCGACCAAUGCCUAAAGGUCCGCUGGGAAGCAGACGGUUUUAAGUUGGUGAUUAUUGAUGAGUGGACGUUAUUAUCGAAGUAGUUUGUUUGUAUUGUGUUUGAAAGUAAUGAUGCAGUUUUAUAAAACAUAGAGUGAUUUGAGCAAACAUUUGUAGCAAAAAAAAUCCUAUUUAUCGAAGUUGUUUCAAGCAUGAAAGCAUUAGGGCAUCCCUUUUUGUUUCUUGAAUUCUCAUUUUCCGACCGACCUUAUUUUGGACAAUACUUCGUUAUGACACGGCAAAGUUUAGAGCAUUGUACCCCAAAAUGUUUUGUAUUUCGAAGUAGGUGUGUAGAUAAGUUCAAGGAUUCUCUGCCGUGAAUACAGUUCCGGCUUUCUGUUAUUUUUUGAAGUCUGCACUCGACAUUGUUGACGAGUUGUAAUGAUACUUCGCGGACUCCUCUAUAGAGGUAAAUAAUAAGUGGUUGCUAAGCGACGAUUCGCUGGACUUUCUAUGAACACUCUUCGUCAAUUCAAUCAAGGAUCUGUCUUUAGUUGAUACUUAAAGAAUACUGUUUUUGCAUGUGAUAUUAAAUUUUGUAUUUUUCUAUUUGUUUAAGCUGGAUUUGUUACCGUGAUAUACAUCUUUGUAUAGGCUUGCUAGUUUAUAGCUUUUUUGUUUGUUUGUACGUUUGAGUUUCUGCUGGUUAAUUCUUAUGGUUUUAAACUUGUUUUCUUCAAUGUAAGAAAAUAAAAGGAAAUUCUGAUACCUGC